GCCGCCGCUGCAGGACGACGAGGCAGAGGCGCCGAGGUGACGGAGGCGGCGGCGGCGGCGGCGCGAGGCGAGGGGUGCAGUGGCCUGGACGCCUCCAUCUGCAAGCCACGGCCCGCACCAAUUUACCCUCGGCACUCGCCUCGACUCUGCCGCCCCCCCCGCGCGCGCGACGCUAUGCGCCUUCAUGCAUCAUCGGCGCGAUCACCGGCGCCGGCAAGCAGCCAGCCAGCAGCCAGCAGCAGCGGCCGUUGGCGUGAAACAAAGCCCACUACCCCCCAACAAGCACAGCACCGACUGGCUUGGAUAAGACUUUUGUGUCUCCUGUCCAUUGCCCGGCGACCUGCUUUUGCCCUUGACCCCCCUCUCUCUCUCUCAUGCCUGCACACCACCCUCCUCCUCCUCCUUGAGCAUGCCCAGCGCUGACCACUACAAUGCUCGCCCACGCCAAACCCAAACCCCUGCCCGCGAUACCAUCAUCGCCCCCGUCGCCGCCUCUCACGCCGCCCUCGACCCAACCAUCGACCACGACGGUCGACCUAAACUCGCCUCCAAGCAGCAGCCACCCUGCGCUCGAGCUCGACUUGACAGAGGACGAAUCGUCAGACCUCGAAGACGAGGCUGACGUGGACCUCGACCCCCGCCAAAAGGGCCUAAUGGCCUCGGUCGCAGGCGGCAGCGGCAGCGGCGGCGGCGCAGGCGGAGGUGCCGUUGCCCCCGAGCCCCAUCGCCAUCGCCCAUGGUUUGGCAACGCGUCAAGGACACACCUGCCCCGCAAUAGCCGGCCCAGCACGGGUUCCAGCCGCCUGACAGUCGCAGCAACGAGCACGACCGCAGUCGACAGCGAUGGGUUCGUGCCCUACCGCCCGCCGUUUGCUUCGACCUCGGCCGUGAGCCUCUCCCCGCAAAUGCAGCCCUCUGGCGCAACGGGGAUUGGAAUGGCGCCGGCCCCUCCGCCGGCUCGCACGCCAAAACGCUCACUCUUUAGCAAUUGGUCGUGGGGCACAAAACGAAAGCAAAAGCAAAAGCUCACCUCGGCGAGCACACCGGUGUUGAUAAACCAGUCGCACGCUCCGGCUGGUUUAAAAGUACCACCCGGCGCUUCGGUCCCGUACGGCACAACCCACCUCGGAGCCAAGGCCGCACACGGAGCAACGCUGAGCAAUGCCCAGUACGAGCUAUACGCCCCAUACAAUGCCUAUGCGCCCCGCGGACAACAGUGGGGCCCGCAGCAGGUCGAAGACUACCAGGGCGUCAAUCACUCGUCGUCCGUCUUGACCGGUCUCGUGGCCCCCAAGAUGCUCUUUUCACCGAUUGCUCGCGAUCUCCGAACAGAAAACGGUCGCACUAGCCCAUACAGCAGUUCAACGCCCCACCUCCUCAGCAUGGGCGGGCUCUCAUCGCAGCCCGAGCCGCCCCAGGCAGCUGCUGCUGGUCCCGAGGCGGGGGGACCAUCAAAUUCACGCCCUUACCCCCGCGUCGGCGAGAACAUCUCCACGGGCAACCUCCACGGACAGCACCGGUGGUCGCGAUGGCAAGGGUCUUCGGUCACGCUCCACAGCGAGGGCUCGCGGUCGCGUUUAGCCGUGUCGACCAUGUGUGACGCUCUCACGUUCCCAAGGCCCCGGAUGAACGCCCACGACAUUACCCCACCAGAAAGUCCUGCAAACCGCAACAAUACCGUCGACGACGACAGCAUUGUCGACUUUGGAUCGGCGGUGGCUCUCAGCGACGCCCGUGACCAGGAGCGUGAAGAAUGGGCCGAGGUCGCGAGCCGUGGACGACGGAGCAGAAGUAUCAGGAGUAUCCGCCGCUCGUCAGAGGGGUGGAACUCGGACAGAGGCGGCAGCUCCGACUUGCGGUCACGGCCAAGCAACGCGUCAAAACACAGCUUUGGUUCGGGCUCCCAGCGCCGGAGUCGCUCGGCUUCUGGCUCGAUCCGCGGCCUCUUUGGCAGCGGUCGGGAACGCCGGCGACGCGGUGACGACUCGGACACCAACGGCAGCGACAGCGACGCAUUCACCAUCCCUGGCCAGCCCCGCGUUCCCAGGAUAUCGACGGCGCCGGCCUCGCGCGCGGCCAGCAUCCAGACGGAGCGAAGCGACUCGCAUCGCUCGUCGAGGAAGCACCGCGGCUUUGGUUCCCAGAGGGGACGAUUGCCCAAAAGCACGUCAAGCCCAGCACUAUCCUCCGAGGAUGACCACUCGAGCACCCCGAAGCGAAGCCUGUCGUUUCGCCACCACACAAAGAGCAACCCCGACCUGCUGGUCGUGCCAAACUCACCGCAUCCGCUCCGACGCCGGCCAACUGGACCACCACGUGCGCUGCAGCUUCGCCAGGGAAGCAGCUCGCGCCCGGGGACAGCGCCGACCGUCGUUGUUGGAUCGAGCUCGGCAGACUACAGGUCCAACUCGCGCCCAGGGACCGCCCCGCAGGCUGGUGUUCCCGCUUUCGGCGCGUCGGGCUCGUAUCCCGCCUACUCCAGGCAAAUCAAUCGCACCAUUGACUUUGCAGAGCCGCAUAUUGCUGGUCGCAGCCAACCUACCUCGCCACCCCUGUCGCCACUGGAUCCCCCGCACAUCCCCACGCCGGAGCGCAACUCGCCCUUCAACGCAGAGUUCAACGAGGAGGAGAUUGGCUUGGCCAUUACGACUGCGGGAGACGUUGCCAGAUCGCCGCCUCGCAGUGCCAACACGCGCUUGCCGUUCGACACGCCCCCAUCGCCUGGUGGCAGACCGUUCAGCGAGGACCCGAGUUCGGCCCACGCCCGGUACUUGCUCGCCAGACAGCACCGUCGGGAUAUGACCAUUCGCGCGUUCCAGUCGCCGCCUCUGUCGCCCCGACGCGGCGCGCCGGGCAGCCCGCCCAUCUAUCCCGUGGUGCCCCACUCGGCGCCGGUCCAAGGGUCGUGGACUACGACGUCGCCGACGCGCUCGCCCACAGGCAGCCUCAUCCAGAGACCAUCGUACCCUACCCCGCGGAGACAGGCGUCCAAGGACCGGGACUCCAAGGCUCUUCCUCCGAGCUCGAGAAGGCCGGCAACCGCGCCGAACGCGUCGGACGGCGCUCCGCCGUUCGCGGGCGAAGUCGCCCCGCCGCUGCCUACACACGGCAUUCUGCUCAAGCGCGCCGCCAGUGCCCGACGACCCGCCACCGCGCCGCAGCCGUCGACCGAGCCUCCAGUGCCAUUCGGGGACGUCAGAUAUAUGCCUGGCGUCGCGGCUGGGUCUACCGCGACUGCUCUUCUGGUUGCCGCGGCAGAGCUCUCAAACUCGCCGCCAUCUACUGGCCGCAGCUCGACGCGUAGAACGCCGCUCGGGACCCCGCCUCUCCAGUCGCUCUUUGCCACUCUGCCAAUCACCCCGACUGUCGACGAUGGCGUGCCGCCUCUCCCGCCACCUGCUACUGCUCCUGCUCGCAUCCCACCGCCGCGUGCUCCUCCCGCUGGCCCUCCUCCUGCCGUUCCGCCAUUCCCGCCAUCUCGCGGCUCGUCGAUGGAGUCUCCUCCGUCACAGUCGCGACAGGGAUCGUUACAAUCGCGAACAGGGUCGUCACACUCACGUCAGGGAUCGUUGCACUCUCGCCAGGGAUCUACCAACUCUCGCCAAGGAUCCUCUCACUCUCGCCAGGGAUCGUUUGGACGCCCCGCCAUUCCACCGCUGGCCGUGUUCGCCGCACCAUCGCCUCCGCCAGUCGUGCGGCCUUCUACACCAGCUGCUGCGGUGGAGGACCUCGUUGAUGGUGCCGGCUCGCCGACUCCUCUGCGUCACGGCGUUGCUGCGCCGUCUGCGCCAUUUGCCCCUGCUCGCCCCAGCACGCCGCCGCCGUCUUCGACCCGCCCGGUCGUUAUGGACGAGUCACCGACUCCUGUUCGCCAAACCAAUGUGUUUGUGCUGGCGCCAGAGAAGUCGCCCGAGACGCCUGCACCAGCUCCGGCCGGCCCUCCCAGCGCCGUGGACAUGGCUCUGAUCGGCACGCCGUCGCCUCUGUCCCGGUCGCCUCUGACUGCGCUGUUCCAGCGCCAAAUGUCGGCGGGCUCUCUUUCGCCUUCGGCUGGUAUCGCCGGCUCGGGUGCCGCUGCCACCGCCGCCAUGUUGACGACUGAGAGCCGCGAGCCGAGCUUCCGGAGCGUCCGAUCGCAGAGGAGCAUCCCUACUGCUGUUGGUGUUUUUGGCCCCGAGCUCCACCCUGUUGUCUCGACGACAUCGAGCGCUUCGCUGUACGAGGAUGCCAAUUCUGGUACUGCCACAGAGACGUGGGAGUCGGCGACGGAACGUGGUGCCACGCCACACGACGGCGACGACGACGACCGCCGCAGCAUCCACUCGGACCACUCGGGCCGAUCAGAGAUGACCCUGCCCGACCUGUACCCGGCUUCGUCUGCCAGCGCCUCCGCCAGUGCCCUCUCGCACUACUCUGAUGCCAGAGAGGAGCUCGAGCUCGAGUCUGCCGAGGCUCAUAGCUCGCAGGCGUCGUCGAUCCUCAUCGACGAGUCUCAGAUGACGCAGCACUCGCACGACGACGAGCACGCCGCGGAUCGCUCUACGCUUCUUGCCAGCGAUGCUCAGCAGCGCAGCCUGCUCAACUGGCUCGACGUCACGCCUCGUGGAAGCGGCCUCGCUACUGCGCACCGAAGGACAGAAUCCCCCGAGGAGGCGUGCAACGAGACGAUCGACUUUAGGACGUCGCCGGCGUCUUCGGCCAACUCGUCGCCCCGCCACAGCGUCGACGAGAGCUUUAGGGGUCUCUUCUUCCGUACCCCACAGAUUGCCUCGCCUCCCAGAGUGUCGUCUCGCCGUUCGCGCGCUCGCCUUACCGAUUCGUUCAUCUUCCAGCCUCCGCAGAGUGGCGGCCUCCACCAGGCCAUUGGCCUCGGCAUUGAGAGCUCGCCUCUGCGCGAAGCCGGUGGCAGCGACGGUACCUUUGCGACCCGCACGCCGCUGCUUGCAGGCGAGCGCAUCCCGAUCCCCUUCCCUGCGCUCGAGUCGGCCGAGCCCUCUCCAACGACCUCGACGGGCGUUCAGCCCUCAUCGCCCUCGGCCUUGCAGCCCUCGCCGUCCAUCAUCACUCAGGGUCUCGGCAUGACGCUCAACUCGAGCAGCAGCCCGACCCUCCCAUUCUCCCCCUCGACGUCGUCGUCGUCGUCCAUCUCGCGCAACGACUCUUGGAUCACCGAGUACAUUGUGGAGCAGUUCCCCCUCGUCCCACCCGUCCCCCAGGCGCUCUAA